AUGGCAGAUUCAAACGUAACCAAGCUACGAGAGCUGACAGAUAAGGUCACAGCACACAUACGCGCAUUGCAGUCGCUCGCAUCCAAUGGGAAGAUCGCAGAUGGCAUCAUCGUACAAUUGGUGAUCCAGAAACUCGACAAAAAGACGCAGACUAAAUGGGAGGAGAGUUCAUCGAUCAGCGAACUGCCAUCCUGGGAUCAAUUAGCUAUGUUCUUGGAGAAGCGCUGCAGAGCACUCGAGAACGUUGAGCAUUCUAUGCAGACACCGACUGGUCAGGCGGUAAAAGCUAACAAGAACGUGAGUACUGGUCAGAGGAAAUCCUUUGUUGCUUCCAACGGCUCAAAAUGUGUUUGUGUGUUUUGUGGAUCUGCCGAGCAUGCAAUUUAUAGCUGUCAACGCUUCGCAAAUUUGUCUCCGAACUUACGCCUGAGGGAAGUUAAGAAGCUUUUCCUUUGUCUUAACUGCCUAAAAACUGGGCAUCAAAUUCGUGACUGCAAAUCCGGAUCGUGCCGCGCCUGUCAGUCGAAACACCACACGCUCUUGCAUUUCGAACGCUCAACUGCAUCGUUAAUCAAUAGUCAAGCCGAAGCUUCGUCGGCAGCUACUGUUCAAUCGAACGCUAUGACUGCAUCGUUAUCUGUGUCGCCUAGUGUCCCAGUAUCUCCUUUUGAUGCUGUGUUCCUAGCUACUGCCGUCGUUCUGAUAAAAAAUCGUGCUGGAAGCUUCGUGCCUUUAGAUUCUGGCUCCCAGUUACACUUUGUCACAACUCGCCUUGCAAACCAAUUGCAGCUUGUAAAAGCAAAAUCUUCUGCUACAGUAUCUGGCAUUGGAGAUGCCAAUUUCUCAACGGAUGGUUACUCAGUCGACCUCGUACUGAAGUCGCGGACUUCAGAUUUCUCAACAAACAUAACAGCUGUUGUUGUGCAAACCAUAACCGACAACCAGCCUGGCUGCUCCGUGAGCACCAACGAGAGGAAUGUUCCGUCGAAUAUACAACUAGCUGAUCCUGGGUUCAACUUACCGCAGCGAAUUGAUCUGCUCAUUGGAGCAGCAUUGUUCUUCGAUCUGCUAUGUGUGGGGCAGAUACGCUUGGCAUCUGGUUUACCACUCCUUCAGAAAACACGCCUCGGUUGGAUGCUAUCUGGAGGGGGGCAACAAGCUCCAAAACUAUCAUCUUUUGUGGUGCGACGGAAGUCCUCCAGUGAUAUUAUUGCCACUCGGUUGGAAGAUUUAGUGCGUCAGUUCUGGGAAAUAGAGCACAACUUCGAGCCGAUCUCUAAGGCCUCCCAAGAAGAUAUCGACUGCGAAGCCCACUUCCGGGAAAAUUAUUUGCGAUUGUCAUCAGGCGAAUACUCAGUUCGUCUUCCCAUGAAGCGUGGUGUGGAGGCCCUUGGAGACUCCUAUUUGCAAGCUCGUCAACGCUUCGAAAGUCUUGAACGAAAAUUCGCUCGUAACCCUGAGCUUAAAACAGAAUAUAGUAAGUUCAUAAAGGAAUAUCUGGACCUUAAUCACAUGUCGCUAGUUACCAAUGAGGUUUUUAAACAAUGCAAGUAUUUUCUGCCGCGUCAUUGCGUCAUCAAGGAUGACAGUAGCACAACAAAGCUGAGAGUGGUUUUUGAUGGCUCUGCAUCCACUACUUCGGGCUUUUCGCUGAACGACCUACUCAUGGCAGGCCCAACUAUUCAGCCGAAACUUUUUAAUAUCCUUAUUAGAUUUCGGACUUUUCCCAUAGCACUUAAUGGGGACAUCU